UGACAUACAACCUUUUUUUAAAGGUAUUUUCAAGAGGAAUAAUUCAAGAUUGAUGGAUGAAAUUUUAAAACAGCAGCAAGAACUCUUAGGACUAGAUUGCUCCAAGUACACCGUGGAAUUUGCAAAUCAAGACAAAGCUGAUCAAGUUUUAAAUUGCCAAUCUGCAUUGAAGGUGCUGUCUCCGGAAGAUGGAAAAGCAGACAUAGUAAAAGCUGCUCAGAACUUUUGUCAGUUGGUAGCACAACAGCAAAGAACAUACACGGACCUGGAUGUGAAUGUGUUAGACAACUUAUUAAGUAGUACAAAUGGAUUUCCUGAUCCUGAUUUAGUCUUGAAGUUUGGUCCUGUGGACAGCACACUAGGAUUCCUUCCAUGGCACAUCAGACUGACAGAAAUCAUUUCUUUGCCUUCCCACCUGAACAUCAGCUAUGAAGACUUUUUCUCUGCCCUCCAUCACUAUGCAGCCUGUGAGCAGCGCUGGGGAAAGUGACUUCUGGCUGAGCACAUGGAGUCAGGCUUUCUGUGGGAAGGAACUGAUGUCUGUUUACAAGCACCUGUGACCCAUAAGUCUGGUUCAUAGUCCUUUCUUAAUUUAUCAACAAAUUCAAUAAAGUGUCUUACCUUUCUAGAGAGUCUGUGUGAAUGCCUGAGAAUCUAUGGGGAGGGGGAAAUUCACAGAUUACCUUUAUGAAAAAGACAGUUAUUGCAAGCAAAGCUGUUCAAAGCUGAAUUACCCUCACUUUCAUGUCCAAGUGACGAAAAGAACAUGCAAGAAUUAAGUCUUGUGAAAUCUACAGGACAACAUAAUUAGGAGUUCCAUGCCCUGAAGUUCCUUAAAUCCAAGGAAGAACUCUCAUGUCAGCUUGUUUCUUUUUAAUUCUUCAUGGUCAGGCAUUUCAGAGCUAAUCACUGGUUUAUCUUCACGUGUAUUUACUAUAUAAUGUGUGAAUUCCAGAGGGCUCAGUUCUGUUAACUGAGACUAGAGACUGCUACUUGGCUGUGAUGACUAAGCCAGCAAGAGAUAUCAAGUUCUAGAAAUACUGAGAAGAUUCCAUAAAAAGGAAUGGAAGCUUCUAUGGUAAGUGGAUUAGGCAGUCUGUGUAGUGCUACCCAUCCCCUCUUUUUUUUUUUUUAAGAGGUAAAAUCAAAGUUUUCCUACAGCCCUGAGUGAAACUUCUCAGCAUCAGGUCAGUUUUCCAUAGGGAAUAAGCAUAAACAGUACUAUGUAUUGUUUGUAUACCUAUUUUCCCCAUAAACUUCUCACUUAAGGUGACAAGCUGGCUAAGGCUCUGGCAUCACUUGCUGAAAAAUCUGAAAAUGGACUAGGUCCACUUCCAUGGCUAAUGUGACUUGCUUGUUGUGCUCGUGUACCCAGCAGGAGAGUCUGCUUAAGCCUUUUGUUAGGUUUGUUCUGAACUGUGCAUUUAGAAGUUUGAAUGGGAGUCUGCAGCAGACAAAAGAAGAUGAAGCUGCACUACAGUAUCUCAAAACUGAGAUAACUAAAUAGAUAUAUUGGCUAAAUAGUCUUCAUCGUGGAAUGCCCUAGUCAAGUUACAUUCCUAUUGUUGGAAGUAAUUUGAAAUUGAAAGUCUUUAUAGCAGCAUUUGGACAAAGCAAUAUCUUUAGAGCUGUAUUACUGGAGACAAACAUUAAUAUUGCAGCCUUCUGCCCUGCGGGCUGUAGAAUUGGACACUUCAUUCUGGAAGUGUUUCCUUCUUUCCUUCCCUCUUCAAAAUGAGUCUGGCUUUAUCUCCUUCAGGAUAGGCAUGUCACUAGAAAGGAAAACGACUGCUUUUAAAAGGGAAUUGCCAGAUUUUAAAUGAGUGUCUGCUUCUUUGUGAAACUGUAUUUUAACUGUUGUAGCUUGAUGUAAUGUUAUAAAGCAGAUUGCAUAAACUCUUGACUGCAGGUUUUUGUCAUACUAAGAUCAGAUUGCAGUUACAGGAGAGACCUGUGGUCUACUUUAUCUCAUAAAAGAGAAUGGGCUGUUUAAUCAAUUAACUAAUGGUCUUGACAUCAAAUAAUGUUCUAUAUGAGCUGGAAUGCUUAAGAGUACAGUUGGCUGCCUUUUGCAGACUGGUCUCUGAUGUUUGCCAGUUACAGUAUUGCAGAGAAGAUACAGUCGUGCAGUGUUUCAUGGGUUCUGUCAUUGCUUUGGGAAAGUUUUCUCACUGAAUGUUAAGUUUUAACUUUUUUGUGGUGAGCGCAUAGCCUGUUGGAGGGUAUCUUGAGUAUUGAACUUUAACUGUAAUAUGAAUUUUGUUUCAUUAAAAUGUAAGGUUGUGUUUAAGUUACCAUAUGUGAGUGUUACUGUGUCACUGAAGCAGUUCUGGUGCUGGCAGAAAAGAUAUAAAAUGGGAAAAGCUUAGUUUAGUCCUCAAAAGUAAUCUAUUUUUUAUAUUUGUAUCAAACUGCCAAAGAAUACUUCUAAUACCUGAGCUCCCCUCAGUCCUCAAACUUCUGCAUAUCUCAACUAAAAAGACAUGUUUUAUAUUGGAGACAGAUCUCAAGGUCUAGGAUUUGUCUAUAGAGGGAUGCUUAAUGAAACUAAAUGAUUAGUUCAGCUGCAUUUGAUUCAACUUAAUCAAAUCUCUUCCAAUGGCUAGUUUAAUUGUGAAUUAAGUGUUCCUCCUGGACUUAAUGUAGUUGAACUAAUCCAUGUUAUCACUUAGUUGGGAUUAUUUUACUGUCCCUGUGUGGGCAAUCUUCAGUGAGCUGUGCCAAAUGCACUGUGCAUAUCCACAACUUGAUCUCUGAAUGUAUGUCAUUGCAGUUAGCACCUCUCCCCAGCUUGUUCCGUGUGAAGGUCUGUGGUAUAGCUGUGACAUGCUGUAUGGCUGUAGUCUCUGGGUACCUGUACAUAAUGUGUAAAACAAGUUUUUAUGAUUAGGGAAUCAAUUUAUUGAACUUUAUUAUUGAAAGUUAAAUCUGAAUCUGUAAAACAAGAAAUCAAUAAAAGACUAUAAUCUU